AAAAAGCAAACACUUUUUUUUGUUACAAGGACAAAAGUUGUAUGGAAAUUAACCUUUUGAUUGAGCUUGGCAACCCAAAGAGAGAAACAGAGGAAAAGGUAAGAGUAGAGAAGAUGAAGAUGACAUGGAAGAAUCAGAGCAAAAAGAAACCUAACAAGAGACCUAUUUCCCAAUUCCAAGACCUCCCUUUCGACGAUUCCACGUUUCCCAAGGAAAAACUUGCUAAAAACGAAGAGAUUUCUCAUGUUAAUGGAGAUGAUGAUGAUGAUGCAAUCAAGCUUGUUGAGUCCUUUCAACAACAAGGAAAUAAGCUUGCUGAGGAAGGGAAAUAUCGUGAAGCACUUGGGAAGUGGGAAUCUGCUCUACUUUUGAUGCCAGAUCGUGCCAUUCUGCAUGAACAGAAGGCUCAAAUUUUACUUGAACUUGGAGAAACAUGGAAUGCUGUAAAAGCUGCUACUCGUGCAACUGAGUUGGAGCCAAGCUGGGGUGAGGCGUGGGUCACCCUUGGUAGAGCACAGCUGAAUUAUGGUGAGCCUGAUAGUGCUAUCGAAAGCUUAGACAGAGCACUAGCCAUCAAGCCAGAUUCUGCUGAGGCACGCAAUGAUCGACAAGCUGCCUUGCAUCAUAUUCAGAGGAGAAAACAGUUACAGACAUCAGGUUUGAGCAUGAACCAAAACCGCUUUGCUGUAGUGGACAAAACUGAGAGUGCUUGAAGGUUUGAAAACAUAGGGGUAAUCUUAUUACAGAUGAUGCUUUGUUCCGAUAAGCCUGAAAAUCUUGAGCUAGGGAAUAUCUUCUGCCACAUUUGACUUCUCAGUCACAGUUUCUCAAAUUGCCGGUGCAGCAAUAGAAAGAAAGAGUUGUAAGUGUGCAUAUCAGUGAGGAGGAGAGAGAGUAGCAAGAAGUGUUGACAAUGAUAAGACAUGAUUCCCGGACACUGAAAUGUCUACUUGUAAUAUAGAUGAUCCUCUAUGGCCUCUAACUUAAAGAGUUACUUUAUGACACUGCUAAUUUGAUAAUUCA